AUGGACGUUGUUGAGACGCGUCCAAUUGAUGGGGAACCAUACCCAGAAACAAGCAGUCAUGAUGAGAAGGAGAAUCAGAAUUUGUACGCCGAUGCCGAUGAGAAGACGUGCGAGUCUUCGGAGGACUAUGUAACAUCACCACAGGGGGAUGACACGGAUUCGCUUGGUGCGGAAAAGUCACUCUCAGAAGACCCGGACAGGGAUACGGAUGAUACACCGUCGCCAUCUGGACAAAUCGAGACACCGGAACUUAAUAGAGAUGAACCUCCCGAGCUCGACUAUAGCCGCCGUAUCAGCGACUUUGCCAGCUUCACCACCCCCGAAUCGAGCCCCGGCAUCGAGAUUGGCACCGACGUCCUGGAGCACGACUACUCUACGCCCCAGAUGACAGGCGACCAGGACGAGCACGAGGAGGAGGAUGAAGAGGAGGAUAGGUCGUUGGUUGAGGAAGUUUUUGCGGCACUCGACGCUCGGGCCCACCUGCCGCCGAUUGGGGAGGAGACGGAUUCGCCAGCGGCCCUAGUCUCCCAUCGUUCAGCCCCAGCCCUGCAGACGAUCGAGCAGUUUCCGGAUGAACCGGACGAGAUGGCGCCCGGAUUCACGCGAUACAGUAGUCGAAGAGCCGUCUCCGAUCAAGUCGGAGGAGGCCCAGACCUCCAACGGGCCCAGGAGCUUGAUGAGCACGAGGUCCGCUACAGGCCAAAAUCCACCAAAUCGUCAUUGGCGCGCCGUGUUGACAGCCAGAUGAUCAGCCCGGCGAUGGCGGAGAUGAACGUGCGGCUCCGGGCGGAGCAACAAACUUCCCCUCCCUCAUCCUCAACUCGUGGUGGCCUCUUCGGCGGCCGUUCCCUAGACGAUCCCAAUCGCGAUACCCUCAGCGAGGACGAUGACUUCGACGAGGACGACCUACCCGAGGAUGAGCAAGAAGUACGACUCCGGCCCCGUACCGGCGGCUUCGGCUCCCCACCCUCUAUCUCAACCGACAACACUUCCGGCUCCUCCAUCGCCGACUCCCGACGCUCAAUCCCAAUCGCCAGAAGCUCGUCCUCCUCUGUGGUGUCUGUGAUGCGACGUUCCCUCCGGCUGUUCCGGAGUGAGAAGCGGAAGACGGUGGUUGAGGAGGGAAUGGAUGUGGUGUUGGAUGUUGUGGCAGAGCCGAUCUCCCCCCGCCCAUUCCAUCGUACCCACUCCGCCACCCACCAUCGACGAUUCGAGGACUGGCGCCUCAAGCCGAGCCUGUACGCCACUGUACUCCGCACG